AUGGACCUCGACCCUCUUGCUCUCGACCAUGCUACACCUCCAAAGCGCCGGAAACUCCUUGCUGUUGCCCCUUCGCCACCAAGACUUUCGGAUCUCUUGAAGGCCUUUGGUGCACAGAAAGCCCCGGACUCUGCUCGCAGGAUGCAGCGCCUCUCGACUGGUCGCGACGCUAGGCCACGUGCUGCUGUCAAUUAUGCGGAGUCCAAUGGUGACUCCACACCAGAUAGCUCUCCUCGGUCAAUUUCGAGCUUCGAGGAUCCGCUUUCCUCCCGGACUUCUUUGCUACCUAACAGCCAUGACGACAGCGAAGAAAGCGAUGAUGAAUUGCAGUCAGCAGAUGUCGUACAAGUGGCUCCACAACGAACCGGGACACGAGAACUGCCGGCUCGGUCGACAAGAAGCCUGAUAAGCUACGGCACACCGAAGAAGAAGAUCUCCAAAAAGCAGGCAGCAGCAGCGAAAAAGCGCCGAAGCACCAGCUUGUUGAAGUUAGACACUGUCGCAUCUGCACAGACCCAACCUCAAACUGCUCGUGGCAGGAUUCGUCAAGACAUCCUCGACCACACUCGCCCGAAGCGCGAAGCGUUCUUAUUGGCGAAGCAAGACCUCUUCUUACCCGUGCUGCCCGCUACGAAUUAUAUCACAAAGCUUCGGCAAUCCCGCCCCGAGGACUCUGGCGUGGAGGUCAUCAAUGGUCGCACCAUCGAGCAGCCUAUGGGUGUCCUAGCGACCAUGAAACCCUAUCAGCUGGAAGGCCUUUCAUUCUUGUUGAAGAUGCACGACAAUGGCAUGUCAUGCAUUCUUGGGGAUGAAAUGGGUCUGGGCAAGACGUUGCAGACCUUGGCUCUCUUCCAGUACCUGGUGGAGAACGAAGCGCGUGAUGCUGAGCCACGACCACACCUAGUAGUGUGUCCGCUGAGUGUCUUGUCUUCUUGGAUGACGGAGGCUCGCAGGUGGGUCCCCGACCUAAAAGCUAUACGCUUUCACGGCCCUGUAGGCGAACGCGAGAAGUUGAAAAAGCAAUUGCUUCUGCAAAGCAACGGCUCGUCCAAUCUGAUCAAAUCCGAUACGAUACCGAUGCCUGACAUCAUCGUCACGACCUACGAGACCUUCAAAUCCGAAGCUAAUUGGUUCAAGCGCGCUUUUGCCUGGAAAUACGUCGUGCUUGACGAGGGCCACAAGAUCAAAAAUGAAGGCUCGCAAAUGGCUACUGCGCUCUUCAGCUUGCAGGCUGAGUACCGCUUGUUGCUGACGGGAACACCAUUGCAAAACAACCUAAAAGAAAUGUGGGCUCUUUUACACUGGCUCCUCCCCGAGGUCUUUCCAACGGACACCUCCGUGAUGUUCAAGGAUGCCUUCGAUAUCGGCAAUGGUAAGGUCUCUACAACGUUUCUGGACUCUGCUCGGGAUCUCUUGGAGUUGCUGAUGCUUCGGCGCAUGAAAGACAGCCCAGAGAUCGAGCUUGGCCUGCCUCCAAAAGAGGAGGUAUUGCUUUACGUCCCUCUCACACCAGUGCAGCGCUUCUGGUAUACGCGGCUGCUUACAAAGUCCGAUACCGCCUUGCUCGACGACCUAUUCAAGGACGUGACCAAAAAAGAGGCAGUCCCGCUGGAAAUCGAUCAAGACCAAGAUCAAGAUAUCUCAGUCAUGACGGCCAAGACAGAGAAUGAUGAUCCAUGGUCCGAGUCUCUGCAGCUCGCGCAACAGCAGCUCGGUACGGAGCAGUCGGAGAAGACGAGCGACUGGAAGAAACUAAUGAACAUCGUCCUGCAGCUUCAACGCAUCUGCUGCCACCCUUAUCUUUUGAAGUCGUGCCUACCCGAGCCAUAUUAUCUCGGUGAGCAUAUUAUCGCUGCUUCUGGUAAGUUCAUCGUAUUGCAGAAGCUGCUCGAGGAGCUGGUUGUGCAGCGUCGCAAGAAGAUUCUUAUCUUCUCUGGCUGGACUAAAGCACUUGAUGUUUGCGAGGAUCUCAUGGCCUUCAUGGGGGCCAACACUCAUGAUGCCAAAUUUCGCUAUCUGCGUCUAGAUGGCUCGACUGGACGAGCGAAGCGCAAUCUAGGCAUUCGUAUGUUCAACGACAAGAAGUCCGACUUUCGUGUCAUGUUGAUCUCCAGGAAAGCCGGCGGUCUUGGACUGAACCUGGCCGCUGCGACGAGCGUCAUAUUUCUUGACGAGGAUUGGAAUCCGCAGAUCACAUUACAGGCAGAAGCUCGUGCUCAUCGUAUAGGGCAAACAGAGCCAGUUACUAUUUACAAGAUUAUCACGCAGGGUACAGUUGAGGAACAGAUGAUGGGACGCAUCCGUAAGAAGCUAUACCUCUCCGCAAAGAUUACCGAGAGCAUGCGGAACAUUCAUUCGACCGCGGUAGUUAGCAAGAAGCGCAAAAGAGGAGCGGAGAACGAGGAUGAGCCAGCUCUUGGUGCUGGACAGCUGAAGUCAUUGCUAAGGUUGGGCGCGCGAACUUUGGCACGUCCAGAAGUCGAUCUGUCAGCGAUGCUUAGCUGGAGCUUCGAGAAGAUGGUUGAAGAAUGCAAAGACAAAGUCGAUGAUGUUGUGGCUGAGGUAGACGAAGCCGGGGAACAAGCGUGGCUCCAGUCCAUGGAACGUGUCGAGACCGCGGUCUUCGAGGGCAAGAAUUUCCAGCGCGAGGUCGACAAGAAAGCCAAGGAGCAAGAGGAGCUCUCCCGCGCGGAUCGACGUGUAGGCAAGAACACCACUGUCAUGAUCGACGGCUUUGCCAUCAACAAAGAAUCGCUCAACUGUGCUGAUUGGGAGGCCGUACCGACCAUGGCAGGCAAAGAUCCUCGUCUUGCCGAACCAAGGCGCGAGAAGAAAGUCAUGCACGAGAAUCAAGCUCACUGUCAACACUGCUGGGACGGUGGCUCGCUUCUAUUGUGCUCGGGCUGUCCUCGCUCCUACCACUACACCUGCCUCGACAAAGAAUUCAAGGCGAAAUCUAAGAGCAAGAUGGGCACUUUCUUUUGCCCACAACAUCAGUGCGUGGACUGCGGCAGCAAGACUGCAGAAGCUGGUGGUAUGAUCUUCAGAUGUCGUUGGUGCGAGCAUGGCUAUUGCGAGGACUGUGUCGAGUGGGACACGGCCCGCCUCGUGGGUGGGACGUUGCAGGAGUAUGAGAUGAUUGGUUUUGGCGAGGUGGAUCAAGCUUGGUACAUUGAAUGUGCCGACUGCAUCAAACACUUUGAGGCGCAUGGGAAGGAUCGCGAGAUGAUGACGAAGGAGCGCUCGAAGAUCGAGAAGGCUUACGAGAAGUUCGCGCAGGCUUGA